AUGCUGACUAUUUCAAGCAUUGUGUUUGUUCAUGGAUUUAAUGGUCAUCCAGAACGGACAUGGACUCACAGGCGAGGGGAUGCGAAGGUUCUGGACGAAGAUGACGAGUCCGAAUCGGUUGAACCUCCAUCUAAAGUUCGAAAACUCAAUCCGUUCUCAGGGAUUCGUCAGAAGAACAGCAUCAGUCACGCGGCGGUUUAUUGGCCUCGACAACUGGUCCAAAAAACACUCCCGGACGCCCGGGUGCUGACGUUUGGUUACGACUCAAAUGUCAGACACGUACUUGGUCGUCCUGUGGCCAAAAACACAGUUUACGACAUUGCAUGGGAUUUUCUGGUAGCUCUAGAGGCUGAACGUCGACUGGAGCCAUCGAGGCCAGUACUGUUUAUCGCACACAGUCUUGGAGGGAUUGUCGUCAAAGAGAUGCUACGAAGAUCCAGUUCUUGCCACCUCUCUCAACCUCAGCUUCACGCAGUCUUCGAGUCUACAGUUGGUAUCAUGUUUUUUGGUACUCCACACGGCGGUUCUGACCCCCGUGGUUUCCUUCAGCAUAUUGCCGAGAAAGCUAUUAGAGCUGCUGGAUUUUCGGUCAAUAAGCAAAUUGUCGACACACUCUUGCCGUCAGCAGAGCGUUUAAAGGAGCUGAGAGACGAAUUUAGCCCAAUCGCUCAUCAACAAGGAUGGAUUAUACAUUCUUUCCAGGAGGAAAUAGGUGUUAAUCUCCUCAGUGGUAACAAGGUUGUCGAGGAUGAAUCGUCGUACCUAAACUUUCCAACCAUCGAGACUACCCAACACAUUGGUCGCGAUCAUAUGGGCAUGUGUCGCUUCACUGGCCUCGAGGAUGUCGAGUACAAGAAAGUAGCUGCGGCUCUUUGCAGAAUGACGAGUGCGAUCUCCAGAGGAUCCAGAAGUGGGGAGUUUCCGUCUCUUGAUGCAGAACAAAGACGAGUAUUACUGGACUCCCUAAGAUUUGACCAAAUCGAUGGCCGACAAAUGACCAUUAAGAGCGGCCACGCCAAGACAUGCAAAUGGCUAUUGAAAAUGCAAGAAUACCUCGACUGGCUCGAUGUUAACAAGCUCGUGGAACACCACGGAUUCUUAUGGAUCAAAGGGAAACCGGGAACUGGCAAAUCGACACUAAUGAAAUUUGCCCAUGCCCAUGCACGGAAAACUAUGAAGGAUAAGAUAAUUAUCUCAUUCUUCUUCAACGCCCGAGGAGAAGACUUGGAAAAGUCCACAGCUGGAAUGUAUCGAUCCUUGUUAUUGCAGCUCCUCGAAAGAAUCCCCGAACUACAGUGCGUUUUUGACUCACUGGGAUCGACGGCAAUGAGCAGUAGCGGAUCUCAUCAGUGGAGUGUAGAGACGCUAAAAGAAUUGUUCGAGCAGGCGAUUCAGCUGCUCGGAAAGCGGUCUCUAAUAUGCUUCAUAGAUGCCUUGGAUGAAUGCGAGGAACGCCAGAUCAGGGACAUGGUAGCAUUCUUUGAACAACUCGGCGAAUUGGCCAUCUCUGCCGGCAUUCGAUUUCAGGUGUGCUUCUCAAGCAGACACUACCCGCAUAUCACGAUUAGUAAAGGGCUAAAUCUAGUACUGGAAGGUCAAGAGGGCCAUGAUCAGGACAUCACCAACUAUUUGGAUAGCGAGCUGAAAAUCGGGCACGGAAAACUUGCCAAAGAGAUCAGAGGCGAGCUCCAAAGCAAAGCCUCUGGUGUUUUUAUGUGGGUUGUACUUGUCGUGGAGAUAUUAAACAAGGAGAACGAUGGCGGCCGCGUACACGUCCUUCGCCAAAAGCUUCGAGAUAUCCCAAACGACCUACACGAGUUAUUCCGCCAAAUUUUAAUGCGCGACUGCUACAACAGAGAUGAAUUACUGUUGUGUAUACAGUGGAUCCUAUUUGCAAAACAGCCCUUGAAGCCGGAGGAAUUGUACUUUGCUAUUCUCUCCGGCGUUGCACCCGAGGUCCUAGGAAGCGGAAAUAUCGACGAGAUCACAAUGGACGUAAUGAAGAAAUUUAUUCUCAAUUCUUCGAAAGGCCUCGCCGAAAUUACAAAGUCGAAGACUCCGACAGUUCAAUUCAUACAUGAGUCGGUGAGGGACUUCCUUGUCAAGGAGAAUGGACUCGGGGAACUUUUUCCCGAUCUUGGAGGUAAUUUUCAAGGGCAAAGCCAUGACCGAUUGAAGCAGUGCUGCCUUUUCUAUAUGGGCAUCGACCACUCUGCGCAUCUAGACAUGGGAAAACUACUCCCAGAAGCAUCAGAGGAGGAGGCUGCGGAUCUCCGACAGUUAGCUAUCAAAAGGUUUCCCUUCCUCGAAUACACCAUACGCAUGGUGCUCUGCCACGCAGAUUCAGCAGAAAGUCGUGGAGUCGAUCAAGGCGAUUUGAUUCGGAGUUUUCCUCUCGACAAUUGGAUCAAGCUAAACAACCUAUUUGAAAAGGCCAAG